UUGUAACUGCCGUUGGCGAUAUAAAGUGAUUUGUGAUUAUUGUUUUAUUGUCGAAUUAGUUACAAUUAUUAUAAUAUCUAAGUGAACAAUAAUUUAUUAUGAUCCCUACAAGAUUUGUCCCGGGGCAGGCUCCCCGAAAAUCAAGAAUGGAAGGCAGACAAUCGUUCUUGCCCCGUCGCCUUGGUUCUACCGACCGUCUGUCGGACUCGCGGCGGCCGAGCGGCACGGGGCCGCGGUCCAGCAGCGCCGAGCCGGGGCGCGCCUCGGUGGCCGUCAGCCGGCUGAGUCGCGAGGCUUCGGCUACCAAGCUGCCUGUCAAUAGGCGGUCCCGCUCCCAGCAAGGAGACUCCCGCUAUGGCCAGCCUACUACUACCCCACUCAGAAACAAUCAAUACUUGAGGCCUACUACUACACCUGUGCGCACUCCAUCAGGAGACAGAUCCCGUGGCUGGGAAGCAUCUCUUGACAGGGCUCUUGCUUGUGUAACUGUUAAGGAUCAAAGACCAAUCGCAAACAUAGCGUGGCAGCGCGCGGAGCUCCUCCGCGUGCAGGAGGCGCUGGCGGCGCGCGGCGAGGCGGGCGCGGCGCUCGUGCGGCCGCUCACCAUCGCGCGCUUCGUGGACGUCGCCGGCGCGCUGCUCACCGCCAUCACCGGCGACGACAAGCUCAACAACGACAACUAUGUCACGAAGCUGCCGCACAUGUGCAAGCGCCUGCUGUACCCGGGCACGGUGUCCAAAUCCUGGCUGAAGGCCGUCAACACACUGCACGCCUUCCCGCAGGCGUUGGCGCUCAUCGCUUACCUGUUGGAUCUUCUACGGCGGAUUGAAGCGCCAGUGAGCGACGAGUGGCUGUACGGGGACACCGACGAUCUGAGCCAACUGAGGCGCGAGUACCUCCGCAAAUGCUUCAUCAGGUUCCAAAUGCCGGAUGCUGAAUACGAAGAUUUAACAGAGGAGUACCUCCAGCAACUGAAACAGCUGCUCGGCACCGAUGAUGAGAAAAUACGAGAACUCGAAGAAGCUAUCAAACAACAAGAGCAAGCCCUAUCCGAAGAGAUGGAGUCGUCAGCGUGCGCCCGCGCCAGCGAGGCCAGCCGCGCGGCGCGCCGCGACGCGCGGGCGGCGGCGCUGCGCGGCGCGCGCAUGAACAUACAGAACGGCCGAGCUAUGCUGGAAGCGGCCCGAGCUGAGGCCAGGGACAAGGCCAAUGAGAUUAAGGCUGUGGACGUCGAAAUUGCUCGUGCUACCGCUGAAACGGCGCAACUGAGAAAAGAGUUGGAGUCGCAGAGCAUGUCGGUGGAGGAGCGAAGCCGUCUGUUGGACGAGGUGGACUACGCGGCGCGUGUGUACGAGUCCAAAAGAGUUCUGGCCGAACAAAUUGCUAAGAUGGUGCAUAGCAGAGAAACGGAGCUGGCUCUGUGGCAGAAGAAAACUCUGGACAGUUGUGUGGAAUACAAGCAGGGGCUCAUCCAUCUCAGCGCGCAGUUCCCGCAGGUAGCCGCGAUGGCCGUCGACGAAACCAAGCUGAUGGAUCCGUCCAGUUUAUCAGCGGCCAGUUCAGCGCUAGAAGCCCUGAAACAGCUGUCUAGCCAACUCACACAACGCCGAGCCCAGCUCGCCAGGACUCGCUCCAACCUCGCCAUGCAACGGCAGGCUAAACUGGAAGAAGCCCGAGUUGCAAUAGCAGACUUAAAAACAAAAAUCCUCGCAGCGGAACAAGCUCGCGAGGCCGACACCACCGCCGAGGCCGCUGAAGAGGCCGCCGCGGCGCAAUGUGAGGCCGAAGCCACCGCUAAGCUACAGGCCUAUAAGGAAAAGGACGAGGAGUUCAGGAAGGUGCAUGAGGAGAUGGUGUUCUGGAAGAAACAGGAUGAAGCUUGGAAGGCGAAGUUGUCGGCCAUGCACGAAUACAUCCGCUCACUAAAGGAGACCCUGCCCACAGUGCUUCAGGAGGCCUACAAAGCGAGGGCCGAGCUGGUGGCCGAGAGCCUCGCACAGUGGAAAAACACCGCCGGCCUCGCCGAAUAACCUAUGUAUAUGCCUUAGUUA